AUGGGGCCCUGGGCCGCUGACGCUGCUGCUGCUGCUGCUGCUGCUGCUGCUGCUGCUACUGCAGCGAACGCUGCAGCAGCUGCUGCAGCAACGCGCGUCGCGGCGCAGCAGAAGCCGCCGCGGCAGCACCUGGCUCUCUUCUCAGCAGCAGACACUACAGCAGCAGCAACAGGAGAAGCAGCAGCAGCGGGAGAUGCAGCAGCAGCAACAGAGGCCGCCACAGCAGCAGCAGCAGAGGCCGCCACAGCAGCAACAGCAGCAGCAGAGGCAGCAGCAGCAGCGCCGCAGCAGGAAGCUGAGGCGCAGCACUUGGGAGCGGGCCCGGGCGGCGACUGCCCCCUAGGCAGCAGCAGCGAGGACCCCACAGCAGCAGCAGCAGCAGCAGCAGCAGCAGCAGCAGCAGCAGCAGCAGAUAGGGUGCCGCUGUCGGAUGCUGCAGUUGAAGAAGUCUUGACGCAGCUGCGGCCGCUGCUGCAGAGCCACGGAGGUUCUGUGCUGCUGAUUGAAACAAAUAAAGAAAAGCGGCAGAUAACGCUGGAGCUGCAGAUGGAAUUGAACGAUAAGCUUCCUGAUGCAGCAGGCUCCGUCCGCAUUGAGGCGGUGGAGGCAGCAGCAUGA